CAAAAACCCCACGUAAGUUUAUAUGGCUUUAACUUUCACUAUCUUAAAAUUGUAAUUAUGUAUAUUACCCUAACAGCCCACGUUGAUUCAUUCUCUUUAUAUUAAAUAGAUUUUAUUAUCAUAUGCAUUCUCCAUCUUAAGGAUCGUUCACGCCAAUCUCUCCACCAACUGCAUGUACGAACUUAUGCUAAUUAUACACAAGUAUUGCUCUAGCAUUGAUAUGAAACAUAAAACCACUACCUAUCCGUGUAAACCAAGAUGAAUAUACUUCUUAUAUAAUAAUAAACAAAACUCCCAAUUGCCACUCGAUCAAAGAGGUGUGGCAAUCUUGUUUGCUGUAAGCAUAUGAGAAAACUAAUUCUUCGUUUCCUUUUACUUAACCAGACACCAACAAAAGAACAAACAAAGAAGGGUACCUCUAAUAGCUCAAUUUGCCAAACAAUUGAGCAGCUCCUGGAUUCCUUCUCUCUAUUCUCUCUCUAACACAAGUAGCAGAAAAGAGGAUGGCAUACUCUUUAUUAAUCCCAUUACUUAGAGAUAAGGGAUUCCACGUGUGGCAACUUGGGCAUGGAGUGGGAGUGGGAAAUCUCACAGAAGCAUGAGGUGGAAACUAUAUAGUAGUUCUAGGAGCUAGUAUCUCUUGCCUGGUCAUUUAUUACCACCUGGACAAUUUUAAGUUAAAUACAAUCUUCUUAUAGACUCGGAGGGUAAUGCAAUCUUCUCUGCCAACAGAAGCAUCAAGGUCAGGUGGUCUCCGGAUGUUGCAGAAGGAAUGGUUGUUCUCUAUGGAAUUAGAUUAGUGAAGGAGAGGGGACUUGGACCAAUUGUUGUGGAAUCUAACUGCAGGAAAAUUGUCCAGCUGUUGAAACAAGGUGGGAGCUGGGGAAUAUUUGCUCGGACAUUCUGAAGGAGUCGGAAGAGUUGGAUGUUCGCGAAUGGUCUUUUGCAUAUAGAGAAGCUAACAACGUUGCUCAUCUCCUAGCUCAUUUUACUACUAUUCCUGAUGAAACUCAUUUUGAGAAUGAUUGUUUGCCUUUAAUGGUAGCUGAUGAUGUAGCCCUUGAGGGAAUUGAUCAUUGAUUUCAAUGAAAUCCCAUCAGUGAAUUCUCAAAAAAAAAAAAAAUCUACUCAACCAACCCAUUGAUAAUUUUGGUCAUGGAGGGAGGAGAAUAGAUCGUAAACUGAUCUUGCGUGCUGGGAAUGAACAUGCUACUUUUCCUGUGGCUGACCUUGAUCAUUGUGAUAUGCCUGUUGUCACACCUAUGCAUGUUAUUUCUCAACAGGUACACGAGCCUGUCGUGUACCCCCCUGUGUAUCUCGUUUUGCAGGACCCCCCUCUCACGCCUUCGCCACCACUCCCGGCAACCUCAUUUCCCAAUAAAAAGCUCAAGGAGGAGUGGCGGCCGAAGCCGCAGGUGGCUAAGCCUGUUCGGAAGAAAGGUGGAGACCACUAUGAGCUGGUCCCACCUCCUGCACCACGACCACCCUGGCCGUCCGAGUACUCACUCGCCUGCAUCUUGCCGGAUGGCCAGGUCGAGCCAACCGAUGAUGGUGGUCGCAUCUGGCGGGUGCAUGGCCACCAUCUGAAGCUAUACCUCAAGAGCGAUGUGGAUCUGCUCUUGGAGGCACCUGCUCCUGCACCCCGCUGAGUAUCCACCGUGGGCGUCCAGCUAAUAGACGGUAAAGAAGCGCUUGUGGGGAGGCAACCCCACCACGGUUUUAAUCUAUUUCUUGUGUUUUGAGUCGGAUUGUAAACCGAUUUGGUUUUGGUUUGUUUUCUUUUUUUUUGGAUGAUGUAUUAUUGGGCUGACCAUUGGACCUAACAUAUUGUGUUUGAGCUCUUCUGUUCCCCUUUAGCUGUGCUUUGUUCAAGACUGGUCCCUCUCCAGUCCGCUUCACUCGACGGGUCCGCUUCCAGUCUCAUGUAGUCCGUGCACACCGGUAACAUCGUUCCCCUUAUCCCUCCCUCUUCUCCAUUGAGGGCAAUGUCGAUCUUAAGUGUGGGAGGGAUGUUUAUCUUUUGACUGCAUUAGAUCUGUUUGUGUGCUUGGAGCCUAGUCCACUGUCCAAAUUUUUAAAUUUGAGGGCUCCGAGUACGUAUUUCCUUGCAAAUUGCCUGCUCAGUAUGCUUUGAAUUGACAGUCUCUAUAGUAAUACGCAACCUAGGGAGGUAGUGUAGCACUAUGGAGGAUGUUGAAGUAUAAGAUUUUUCCUAUCUAGCUCUUUGUUGUGCCAGUUGAUUUUGUGAAUUAGUGGAGCUAGGACCGUUGAAUUCAUGUGGUAAUGGUGACUCUAUGUGGAUUGUGUUAUGGACUCGUGUAUCGAAUAGGGUGCUCAUGUGAAAAAUGAAAUGCAGUUGGUCCUCCAUGUCAAAAUCAUUAAAUGUUAAACAUGGGG